AUGUCUACCGCCAUCCGAUCGAUCAAGUCCCUUGCCCCCCUCCUGGACCGCGUCCUGGUCCAGCGGAUCAAGGCCGAGACCAAGACCGCCAGCGGCAUCUUCUUGCCCGAGUCGAGUGUGAAGGAGCUCAACGAGGGCAAGGUCCUUGCUGUUGGACCCGGAGCUCUGGACAAGAAGGGACAGCGUCUGCCCAUGGGUGUCAGAAUUGGUGACAGAGUCUUGAUUCCCCAGUUUGGUGGAUCCCCGGUCAAGGUCGGUGAGGAGGAGUUCCAUCUCUUCCGCGACAGCGAGAUUCUCGCCAAGAUCAACGAGUAA